CUUGAAAAUUGCAUGCAGUAUGGGGUCGUAAUUCUUUGUUGUUAACUUUUUCUUCUUCCUCUACGCAGUGUCCACUUCCUGUAACUUCAGUCUCCGGAGAUGCGUGAAUGUGUCUCAACGCUAGUAAGAUUCCUGCAUUUUAAUUUCAGGAAAGGGAAAGAUUGAGGGCAUUGUCCUUUUCUCGGUUUUAUGCAUCAAAGAUCAAACGACUUCAUGAAACUUAACCUCUUGCCAAGUAGCUCCAAGUUACUGGUGUCCAACAAAGCGUUAUGUCGGAUGAUAUUUAUAUUGAUGUGAACUACCUCACUGAGUCAGAAAGGGAUACAAUUCUCCAAGUUCUUUCAAAAGACGAAGAAUUAAGGAAGCAAGAAAAAAAGAGAAUCAGGUAUAUUGUGCUGUAAAUUAUUUACACGGUCAGCUUGCAUGUUAAUUUCUGCUUUGCACUCAUCCUCUUGCAAUUGUCCAUUUACUGAAAGGGUUAAUUGUUUCCUCUUUUGACAAAUCCUUUUUCCUGUAGCAAGUUAAAAACUGAACUAGAUGAGAUAAAGAAGAGAGGGGCCAGCGAAGAGGAAAUUCGUUCGUCCCGCAUUUGUGCAAGAUGUCGCUCGCCUCUGGGGGUUGUAUUCAACAGCGGAGCUCUCUGCCGAAAAUGCGAAACGCGAGUGUGCAAGGGAUGCCGAAAGGAAUAUUCUACUUCUUCUUGGCUCUGUGUUUUGUGUGCCAAAAUCAGGUGAAAUAUCCUUUGAUAAUGUUUAAUCUUAUCAAUAAGUAAUUUAACAGGUCGCCUUUGUUAAGUCUGAAGCUUGAUUGGGGGUUAAAAAUGGUCCGAAGUUGCUGGAUUUUUUUCCCAAAUGAGGUUAUUUUGAAAUUCUGGUGAUACUGUGUUGAGGAUAGCGUUAUUAUUUGUAUUUGUUUCAAAAAAUCGAAAAAGAUCUUUCAGGGGUAGCAACAUAUCUACCGGGCGUACAUCGGGAAAUAUAAAUUGUUAUAAUUUCACUCGGGUGUUUAGUGUUUACAAAUUUGAAAAGGUUUUUGUUGUGAACUAGUCCAUGGAGUGUUCCUUAAACACACGUCAUCAUUUUUCCCCGUCGAUAAAAGUGCGUGGUUACUUUACAUUUAUUACGGGAGAGUUUUUCAUGUUUCUUUUAUUUCUUCCGAUUGUAGUGAUACACUACUAGGUAGAUAUAUAUAUAUAUAUAUAUAUUGACAUCGCUUGUGGGAUUUAAAUAUUUUUACUAUCACGGUUUCCGCUUUAAUUUAUUCACACAGGUCUUCAUAAUAAGAAAUAAUUGAAAUAUUUGUCAUUGCUGAAAGAUGAUAUUUACUGACGUUAUUAAUGGAUAAGCAAAUGACCUGCAUAUUAACCGCAUCAGAAUGAAUAUAUUUUAAGUAUUUUACAUUGUAAUCCCAGGAAAAUACCCAUACUUUCUCCAUGUAAGGGACCUUUCCCAAGGCUUCUUACCCUCUGUGAAUUUAUUUUUCUUUUAAUUUUGUGGUCUUUGAGACCCUCCCCCCUACCCCCCCUUGUGUGGGGGAUGUAGGUAGAAUUUCUGAACCCACCCCAUAAUAAAAAUUCCUUUACAUAGAAUAUUUUUGUAAGUUAUUAUGUUGUUCAAGGGAAAAAAUCAUAGAUUAGUUUCAAUUUCACCCCACUAGCAGAGCAUUAUUUAUUUUCUUUUUGCAUUACAGAGAUCCAUAUUCAUUUUUUCUAAGAGUCGUCAGCCAGGCAAGUAAACCUGAUGGCACACUUGCCCAGUUCCAAUUUGAGUUGCCCAGACAAAAGUGCAGAAUUAUAUAAAAGAAUGGCGAAAAAACUGCGUGCAACUUGAACAUUUCUGAGAAAGGCAUUUUAUUUCCGAUACAGUUACUGAGAAGGGUUGACUAUUAAGUACAACGGACUGCAGGCCUUGGCUAAACAGGGUUUAUUUAUGCUUUACAAGUAGCCACCCGGUCGGUCAGUUUGCCAUGAAGGCAAGACGUGGUGUGCUUACGUUUUCCCUUGAUAAGGCAGCGGCUAGCUAGCGGCUCCUGCAUCACCUUUUUUUUCCUGUUGAAGGCAGCGAAAAGUCUUCUAAAAAAUGCCACAUCUUGAUCCAUGUAAGGCACCGGCUUCUGCUUCACCUUUUUUUUUUUCUACCGUAGUCGAUGAAACGUCUUCUAAAAAACACCACAUCUUGAUGAGUGCUGUCACAUUUCCUAUGAAUGCCUUCUGAAUGCAGUACUUCACAAAAAACUGAGCUUGUGAUGGUUUUCAUAGAAAAUACUGCACCAUUAAAGAUGGCACCCAAACUUACGAUUUCAUUGCAGACAAAAGUUGCUUAAUUGUUAUUCACCAUUAUUUUAAAAGUUUUAAGUGGAUGAGAAGUAAUCAGAACACGAGGAAAAUGAAUAAAAUCAUAUAAGAAUUUUUGAAAAGAUUUUGUGGUUGAGCAAAACCUCACUCGUCUGAAGAGGAAUUGAAGUUAAUCGUCCAAACAAGACUGUAGUCCUUUGGACGACCCGACGGCCGGGAAUAUGGAUCCCUGAUAUACAACAUGAGGAAAUUUGUUACACCUGCUGAUGGGUAUUUUGCAUAGUUGACUUGUUUAAUAUUAUGCAAUUAAUUAUGCUAAUUAUGCUUUAUUAGAUUAUUAUAUCAAAGUGCCACUAAACAGUUCAUCCAAUGGCUUUUUGUACCCUGUGUAGCAGUCACCAUAUUGGUUCUUAUACUGGGACUGAUAAAAGAUUAUUACCUGAUAAGUUCUUAAUAUGAUGUGUGUUAGUGUAACUUGGAUCCUGUUGAUAAUUCAUUUUAUAGGGAAGUUAGAGCUGAAUCAGGAGCAUGGUUUUUUGAGGAAGAGCGAAGGAGAGGUGACAGACCACAGCUCUAUGGCUCUGCUUUGGUACGUGCAUCCUUCAGACGGGCAAAACCUGCAUCUUUGCCCAGAAAAGGUAUGUUAUUUUCCAGGCACCAGUUGUUCAAAGGGUGGAUAACGUUUUCCACUGAAUAAAUCCCACUAUCCUCUGCCUGGGUAACACAAUUGGUUACCCUAUCCUCUGGAUAGUUAUUUAUCUGACCCCUUUUGUUCAAAAGGUGGAUUAGGCUAUCCACUAGUUAAAUCUCUAUGUAGUGAAUAAUGAAAUUUAUUGAUUUCCGUAAUACUUAAUACUAUUCACUGGAUAGUGAUUUUACCCAGUGGAUAGUGCUAUCCAAUGUUUGAACAACUGGGGCCGGGUGGAUAGCGUCAUUCAACUUUUGAACAACUAGGCCAAGGAGGGUAAUCCAGGUUCAAAGUAACCUGGACAAUUUAAAAGGGGAAAAAUAAGAAUAACUACAGACUGUCCCUCAAAAAAUCUUUGGGGCAAUUUUAUUUAAGCAAACCUCAAAAAAUCCUGUGAAACAAAAUUAUCCCCCUCCCCGAAGAAAAGGCAUUUUUUCUAUUUUUUUUAUACAUGAAAAAGAAUCCCAACUUCAGUCUAGCAACUCAGUAACAUUCUUAAUUAUUGUGUUGCCCCAAAAUCAUUAAUUUCUAACCCCCAAAAGUUCCUGAUUUUACCUGUCAUUUUAUAUCCGGAUUGAAUCCAUCCUGACCUCACCUGCCGGUGGUCACGAGAUAUCAGGGUUUAUUCUAGAAAUUGGCCAAUCAGGGUCAAAUGGGCCCCCCUCUGUAACAUUUGGGGGCCCUUUUUUAAGAAAUGGGGUCCAAGAAAGGGGGUCCCCCAAAGGGUAUUUGAGCUUAUUGGUACAGACUGUCAUUGAAAUUAUCAUUUACAGACUUGCAAGUACUGAACAUGAGGUUAAAAUGAAUCUAAUGCUUUAAUCAUGUUAAUGAAAUAAGCUUCUUUCAAAAAAAUAGUACUUAUCCUUGGGUCUAGUUUUUGUGCCCCAUUUGACACAGCAACAUAAAUUUUAUGCAGCCUUUUUUACAAAUUGCGGCUAUAUCAUGGUAGUUUUGACUUAUUUUACAGCAGUAGUCAAAGACGUGGAGCCAAGUUCACAACCUGUGAUCACACUAAGCCUGGAAAAUAAUGGUCGCAAGCUUCACAGACCAGUUCCAGUGCACAUGUCUCGUCUGGUGGAGAAAGAGACGGAAGAAGAGGAAGAAGCAAAGACUGAAGAAGCUGAGGUAAAUCGAAACUACAAGCAAUAUGUGAAAGCCAACCCAAUUCCACAAAAAGAGUAUGAAGAGCCAAGGGAGAGACAUAAAAAAGACUCUUCAGCUUCAUCACACAGCAGCUCUACAUCAAGAGGUUAGGACCUCACUUUCAGUAAAUGAUUGUUUUAGAUCACAUUUGUUUUAUCGUGCCCAAAAUGUCUAAAAUGAUUUGUGCUUGAAAACUGUUGCUAUGCAAAUAAUGCAAGUUGGCUAAGGAUUUUAUUCAUCUUACAUACGGAAUACCCUAAUUACAUGUGUAUGCAUGUGGUUUAUACAGGUCAAAAUUAUGUUCAGGUUACAAUUUUUUUUACUUAGGUUGACUCUCCUAGGUAGGUUGUCUCCUAGCCAUGAUUGCCCUGACUAUUUAUGAAUAAUUAUUAGGCCAAGGAGACAAAGGAAGGUGAGAGUCAACCUGAAUUUAAUUUUGACCUAUAACAUAGUCAUGAUAAAUUAGCCAUAAAUUUUCCAGUAUGGUUCAAAAAUCGUAAGUAUUUCAAAUAUAAGCCAAGGGUGUUUAUUCUAGUUUGUAGUGUGCUGUUCUGUGGACCUGCCACUGACUGUGCUUUGAGCAAUUGGCAUUAAUAUUAAUCUGUUGUUGUUAAAAGCCUUCCAUUUAAUAUUGCUGGUUGAUUAUGGUUUGCUGUCUUGGCAUUGUUAUCAUAUCUUCAAGUUUUAGCCGGUUUCUAAGUGAUUGGGUGUCUGAAGUGUGUCUACCGGUAUAUGAAGACUGGCACUAUAAUAAUGAAAAAAAAAUAGUGCCCUAUGCCAAUGAUAUGCAGGUCGCUAAGAGAUGGUCACUCAUUGUCUCUUCUAGUAAUUAGUGGAAAGGAGGAGGGGUGGAAUAUCAUGAUUAGGCGGUGAUAAUAUACUAGUAGUUUCCAAUGGAAGGUGAAGUUCUGUGAGUAAAGCAUGGCAUUUCAAAUUGUUUGAAUCAGUUGCAGUGUAUUUUGAUUGUUGAUAUUUUGACAUUAACAUGUGCAUGUAAUGCAACACGGCACGUAGACAAGCGAUAAAAACUGAACUUUGAACCAAAAUAAGUGUUUGUAUCAAGCUAUCUGCAUUGCAUAAAAGUCCGUGAGGGCUAAUCAGCCUAUUAUUUGUCUGAAACCUGUCCACAAUAAGGUGCGAGGGAUGGAGUGAGUGAAAGAGUGAAUUCCCAAUCAAGUUCAAUAACUGGUUGAUUACGCUUCACGAGCAUAUCAAAUCAUGUCAAAUCAUUUUCAAUCCUUGCUUCUGUCGCGUAUAAAAUGUUUUACUACCAACGGAGAACAAACCUUGUCAGACGUUCCAGAAAAACUCUUAAUUACAAAAGCAAUUUAUCAAUUAAAUAAAUACAACAAAGCCUGGCUUAAUACAAAUUAAGCCAAAACACUGAAUUUAUUUACUGUAGAGUUCCAGGAAUCGCUUCAAAUAUUCUGAGAAACAUAUCGCUACAAUUCACGGGAAUUUUUUACCUUCACUUGCACUUGUACUCUUCGCUUGCAAACAUGUGGCUUUCCACAUGAACAGGAUUUCUGUGCCAUUAGUUUUCCACAACCCGCAUUAUCCACAGUUGAGUGUUCUAGGAUGUUCUAGUUGUGUUCUAGAGGAUACAGUAUUUACUUUUCCCUUUCGAGUGUAAUUCUGAAUAGUUUGAGUGCGAACAAAAGAGCCUCAAUUUCGAGGGCCAUACUUGAAAUCGAGGCCAUUGCGGUGAUGAACAUACAUACAAACGUAUUUACAUCCAAGAUAGCUCAAAUGCGGAUGGUAUUGGGCACAGGCAGCCCAGGCUGGUUAAAAACGCAACCUGAAGUAGUCUUCUGCAAAGCCUGGUGGCUUCACAGCAAUUAAUUCCCAUAACCUUUCCUCUUCUUUAUGUGUUAAACAAAGCUUGUCUGGGGUCAAUGAGCUGACAAAGAAGGCUUCCUGACCCAUCAGAUGAAAUAUGAAUGUUACGUUAAAUGUAGCGAAAAAAAUUAGCGCGUGGUCUAGGUGACCACUCAGAUGGUCUACAUGACUCACCGCUUGAAAGAAUUAACUGGAAUGCUGUAUAGACUGAGUUGGAAUGUGACUGUAAAUGGAGCUUUUUAACUAACACUAUAGCUGUGCAGUGACACUCCUCAUAUUAUCUCUAGUAGUCUGGUUUCUGAUUUGCAGAAGCGGGUUGCGUUCAGAGGGUUCUUCAAAGUGCAAAGCAUCAAGCCGGAGACCUUACAGACACUUUGCCAAAAUUUAAUGCCUCCAAACAGCAAUUUAAAAUGUUUAAGCUCUAACGCACUAAUUUAAUUAAAUUUCACGUUUUUACAGUAACACUGUGCAGACUUAAUUAACCACAUAAUAUUGCUCAUAAGCCAUAUUCAGCCCAGCCAUUUCCUUCUGUAUGGUCAAGGCUAUCAAUGAACUGACAGUGAAAUGUGCCACUUUUUGAUGGUUAAAAAUACCUUGAAACAAAAAUGUUGGUGAUUAUUAUUACCUGAUUUAUCAAUAUGAUCAUUUGAGGAUUGUUAGUACCAGUAAAAGUAAAAGAUUUAAACCUAGCCCACAAUCAUUUAACUAACAUCACAUCAUAACAUAAUUACACAGGCUCACCAGUGCAUGAUCUUGGUAAUGAUGCUGUGGAAUCAGUGCAUGAGGAGACUGUUUUUGAUCAUUUGGUGUACCAACAGAACACCAGAGAUGAAGCAAGUGAGGAAAUGUUUGAGGACAAAAGUGAUGAUACUCCUGAGUAUAAUAACACCAAUGGUCACAUUGAAGAUGAACUUCAACAUUAUGAAGAAAAAAUUAACAAAUGGGAAAUUGAAAGAGAGGAAAAUGAGUAUACAAGUGAAGAAAAAGUGAGCAAAUGGGAGAUUGAAACAGAGGAAAAUGAGUUUACAAGUGAAGAAAAAGUGAACAAAUGGGAAAUUGAAACAGAGGAAAGUGAGUUUGCAAGUGAGGAAAAAGUGAACAAAUGGAAAAUUGAAACAGAGGAGAGUGGGCAUAGAAGUGAAGACAGGAAACCUGAAGCAGCCGUUGAAAUUAAAACCACUUGGCAUGAAGUAGCACAUGAAUGGGCCAAUACAGGGGACAUGAAUGAACAACCAUUACAAGACACUUACCCACCAAAGGUGCUCCUUGAUGUUAGACCAGCUUCCCCAGAUUCUGAGACUACUGGAGAAUUUUUCACUCCCCUUGUCACCCCACUUCACUCCCAAACUGGUACACCAGCACAGAGUGAAGAAAAUUUGACCUCUGGAUCAGAGUUGUAUGAGGAUGCAGGUGAAGCCAGCCCUGUUAAAGGGAACACAACUCCUGUUGUCGAGUUGUCUGCGCAGGAUGGUAAGAAAGUCCUCUUUGAAGAGGAUAUAAAUCACUACAUCCUAGCUGGCCAGUAAAUGUAAAAUCUGCUGUCAGUGUCUCUGGCAAAGUCAAACUGUUGAUCAUGUAGCCAUGCUCAUGCACUAUUGCUAAUGGUUGUUAAAAUUUUGCUUAGUUCCCUGUUAAGGGUCCACAUUCUCCUUUCUCAUCUUCUUUCUUAUCUUCUUGGUGAUUUGUAUAGGUAAUAGCAUGAUUUGUAGUGAUAUUUGGCAUAAAUACCACAAGUGAUAUUUCAAAAUUGUUAUACGAAGUUUCACGAGCCAUUAGGCAAGUGAAAUUUGAGACAAUUUUGAAAUAUCAGAAGUGGUAUUUAUGCCAAAUAUCACGUUCAAAUCAUGCUAUUAUUUGUUUAUACUACUACCCACAAAAGGUUUGUAAUUUUCACAUGUAGGUAUUUCAAAUUAAGCUGAAAUACCACUGCUCUAAGCCAAUCAAAAAUUUUCCAUGUAGUAGUAUAAGGAAGGUAAUUUGUGACCACUGAAAAUAUGCUCAAGCUCAUGUCUGUGUCAAUUUUCUUGUACAAAGCAUUACCUUGGUGAUUGAAUUUUCUACAAAAAAGCAUAAAUUUAGCCUUUAUCUUCAUUAACAAAACAGUCCAGCCAUUUGCCUGCAGAAAUAGAGUCACAGGUGUUUUUCAGGCUUGCAAGCACUGCAGAAAAAUAUCCCCUGUUCUGCGGGCUAUGUAGUCAUGUGUAACAGUGGCAGGUCUUUCAGAAAAAAAUAUUAGAAUUUUGUAGUUUUUCAACUAUUAUCUCAUUUAAGUGAGAAUUCCAGGGCCUAAGUAAGUGUUAGAUUCAGUUUUCCAAUUUAGAUUAGGGAACUAAGGGUGCUUAUCAGAUGACCAGACCGGUCAUUUUGGAAAUGAAAUGGGCAUGAAGAGUCAUUGCUAAACCCAUCACUGCUAGACCCAGCAGUGAUGGGUUUAGCAAUGACUCUGGGUACGGUAUGUCGGAAUAGGCUGUUCUGACAAGACUUUUUUUAUUAAAAUCAAUUCAGACAAAUAGUGAGCGCGAUAAGAGAGUAAACUUUUUUUCCUGACUUUUUAUUGUCAUUUAGUUCCUACCAUACAUCCCAAUUUGCAUUUCACCUAUCAGGGCUGUUGCUAAGAUUUCAAGUUGCCGGGUAAAUUUACAGUAGGUGGGGAACUGAACAGCCAAGGAGUUGUUUUGGUCUCAUUUUCCUUUUGUUUCCUACAAAAUUAGCCGGGGCUCCUGCUCAUAGUAGCUGGGGGAAAUCCCCAUCCCCCGGCCCUUAGCGACAGCUCUGACCUAUGUCCAGGGGCAAAUCAAGGAAUUCUGUUCAAGGGAGGGAGAGGAGAAGGGGAGCUGGGUAAGGAGGGGGGCCGGGGGCGGGUCUUUUUGAAAUGAAGUAAGGGUAUAUGGGAAUAGAAAAGAGAGGUGGAUCUGGGGUACAAAAGGGGUUGUUUGGGCAGCAGAGGAUCAUCCGCCACCACCAUACGAUCUCUGGGAUCCUCCCCACCCCCUGUAUGUCAGUGGUCUUUCGUAUGACACCUGCCAGAAACCGACCUUUUCUACCAUCUCACCUGUAACUUACUGUUAACUCAGAACAACUUGAACACGCGAAAUAUUUGAGGAGUGUUGACUGUGUAUCGACAAAUUACAAUGGAGUUCAUUGCUCAGGAGCAAACCUCUAAAGCUCUAACUGAUUACCGUAGCAGCUGUUUGCGCUUAAGUGUUCUUGUGCCUUAUUGGCUUUUUCUUCGCAUUUUCAGUACAAUAACAUUUCAUAAAUAUUUGUGAUGAUCACGUUUCGGCGCGUGUUGAAAGUAAAUAAGUGCGUGUUAUUUUAUUGACUUUUUUGUAACUAACUUAUAACAGAUGAAGGAAAAAUCGGAGAUGUGACCAUUGCAAACCCCCAGAUAACCUGCAGUACAUUCUCUGAUGAUGGUGCCGAACCACAGGACGGACACAGGACACCCACUCAAGAAGACGACAUGGAAGACAUCGACCAGGCGUUUGCUAGUUAUGAGCGUGAUCACCCAGACAUGGGCAAGCAGAGAACUCUUCAAGAACAGUUGAACAUCAUUAGCAUGGUUAGUUCUACAAAACAAUCACUAUUAAACGGUGAAUCGGACUUAUCUGCGGAACUCGUUCUCUUGACCGCUCUUCUUAAAGGCGUGCGUAUUGGCAGUUCUUUUGGCUUGGCAGUUGAUUUAGAGAAUGAGAAAUACAUAAAAAUGAGCGUCUAGUUUCUGAUUUAUAUAUGUGUAGCUCGGCUGUGGAAUUAUACCAAAAGGUUUGAUGCACGUGCUGAAUUGUUCGCUGUCGGGGUCGUAGUUGCGUAACCUCUCUGCUAUCUGCUGAUCAACCGUCCUAGAUUUUCUUGAGUAAUCAACACGCGUCACGGUAGAUAUGCCCGGUUGAUGUGUGACAAAUAGUCAGAAACAGGUCGGGAAAACUUUGUUACGUUUCUGCUUUCCCGAUGUGUCCCGGUUUCUGCGCAUGGUUGGCGAUUAUUCCAGAUAGUUUCAGCCUGUGUAACCGGCGGGAUCGUUAGUGCGAGCAGAGUCUUGGCAGAGGAGGAGCUGAGAAGCCGUGCGGAAAAUGGAAAGGAGACGCGUUGGAAAUUUCUUGCGAGAAUGGCGGCUUUGCUGCCAAGACUCUCACACACGCAAAACAAUUCUGCCAGCUACGCAGGCUAAUGUAGUUUUAGCUUAAUAACUCCUCGCAAAUUAUUUUCCAAACAGUUGGGCAAAACCUUGGUUGGUCCGCGUGGAAAACAGAUCACGAUCGUGUAGGAGUUUCCCACAAAAUGAAAAUCACGCUUAACGAUGCUCAUUUGGCAUUUCAGGGUAGCCGUGAGAGUAUAGUAAGCUAUUAUAGUGAUGCAGGCGAAGGCCGGUUUGGUAACAUACCCGUCACUGGUGAAGUGCUGUUUGGGCUGAAGUACGACAAACAUAAAUACCAGCUGGAAGUACAGAUUCACAGAGCCAAGGGCAUCGCUGCUGCAGACGAGAAGAGAGGAAAAUCCGAUCCGUAAGUCAUCCGUUCAAUAGGCUCUUCGCAGCUGGUGAUUUAAAUGGCACAAAACCGCCAUGCUGAAGAAUAAAAGAUGCACUGGGAGAAAUUACCGUUUUAAAUGAUGUGAGCUCUUCAUUUAUUACCUCUUCGCUAAUUACCUGAAACCAGAGGAUUUAAUUAUUCAGCUUAAUUAUUUAAUUAUUACCUACUUACUUAAUUAUUUCAGCUUAAUUAUUCAGCAUUUUGCAGAGCAAAAUUAUUUUAAAUUUUGUUUUAAGUAUCGCAAUUUCUUAUUUAUGUAUCAUAUUUAAUUUUUUUAUUUAUAUUUUUAUUUUUAUUUCUUAACUCUUCUUGAUGUGUAAAACGUCGAAGCGUAAUAAAGUAGAUGUAGAUUUGUCUUGUUCCAGUGCAUCCCGUGCUCUCCAGCAUGGCGGUUUUGUACCUUGUGAAUGACUAGCUGUACGAAUCACAAACAGGAUUUUUGUUUCUUACUGUACAAACUAAAGCCUGUAAAGUAAAUAACUAGGUGCAUCGUUUCUCGAACACGUAGAGCAUAAUAAAUGGCAGACCACGUCAAGCUGCUAUUCGUGUUGUUCUUGUAGAGAAGUUACACCGUAAUUUUUAGGGAGUUAUUAUAACUCCAAAAAUGGAGUAUAAAUUUUAGGUACAGGAUUUUUUUUUUUUUUUUGGGGGGUUACUUUAACUCCUAAUUUAACUCCGAAUUUGGGGUCAUUUUUACUCCUGAAAAAGAGUUCUUUUUACUCUCAGUGUGGAGUUAAAAUAACUCCGAAAUGGGGUUAUUUUUUUUCCUUACAUGGGUUGUUUUUACUCAUUUUGGAGUUAAUUUAACUCUGAAAGUGGAGUAAAAAUUUUAGGUACAGGAUAACUCCUUUUUGGGGGGUUAUUUUAACUCAAUAUCUGGGGUCACUUUUACUCCUAAAAGAGAGUUCUUUAAACUCCUUUUUGGAGUUAAAAUAACUCCCCAAAAAAUAACUCCACGGUAAGGAGUUAAAUUAGCCCCAAUAGAGGAGUUAUUAGAACUCCUUGAAAAUUACUGUGUACUUAACGUAUUAAGUCUGGGAAGAAAACAGCUAGACUUGACCCUUUAUUUGUUUUCAAGAUAGACACCACAGUCGAACCUCCAUGUGCGACUACCUCUCGCACGCGACCACCUCUUCAAAACACCGAAAUGCUUAGUAGCGAUCACUAAAUAAUUAUUCUUAUUUCGGGUGGUCGCUUACGGGAGGUUCGACUAUACUCGUUAUUUGAAUUAACUUCCACAGAUAUGUAAAAGUUUACCUUCUACCUGACAAAACAAGAGGAGGCAAACGCAAGACGAAAGUCAAGAAAAAUACAUUAGAUCCAGAUUUUGACGAGAUUCUUAAGGUGAGUUUUUAAAGCUUCUUUGUGAAGGUUUCUCGGCGCCAUGAUUGAGACUGUAGAUCGAGGGUGGGUGACCGAUCCAGAUAUUGGGGGCGGCAACUUCAGGGUUUACUCUAGGAAUUGGCCAGUGAUGAGCUAAGCUCCAUGCACCCCUGCCUGAAAUUGUGGAGGGCCAUUACUCAAGAAAGAGGCGUUAAGGUACGGUAAAUCGGGCAACAAAAAACGUGCAACUUGUUUUGCAGCAUUGCUGCAAAACGAACGAGUUGUAUAGCGAUGUUGCGCGUUUUACCACCCACGAAAAAAAACCUUGCGACCUUUUUGGUUGCAAGACAGGUUCGAACGUCGGUGGAAAAACGCGCAACAUCGCUAUACAACUCGUUUGGCAACAACGUUGCAAGACAAGUUGCACGUUUUUUGUUGCCCGUUUUACUGAAGCUUUAAUAACCCUAGGAACUGGCCAGUGAGGGACAGGACCCCAUGCAUCCUCUCCUGAAAUUGUGGAGGGUUCUUACUCAAGAAAGGGGCCUAAUAUAAUCGUGUUAUCCCUUAACCGUUCAGUGUUAUGUCUGCUAGCCUAAAUGAUCUAAGAUAUUUUAUAAUUCUUUCUUUUCUUUUUUUUUUUUUUGACUGCAGUUUAAAAUAGGAUAUGAUGAAAUGUUGACACGUACCCUUUGGCUAGCCAUGUGGAAUCACGACACGUUUGGACACAAUGAUUUUCUGGGGGAGGUGAUGCUACCCCUAGACACAUACCAAGAAUCUGGAUUCACCUGGGAAGACCCCUCGCCUAACUGGUAUCCUCUGCAAGAGAGAGUAAGUGGUUUGUUUUUCUUCGUCUUCCUCUGGACGUAGUGGCAGAAACAACUGCCUUUUUCCUUUUAAUCACAAGGAACUACUGUAACAGUCGUCUAAACUUUUAAUAAACUUAGACCGUUAGUUGUCCCUCUUGGUUGUCGCACCUACGAGACAAAUUUCUUUACAGCGCUGCAAAUGGCUAACUGUAUUCGACGAAUUAUGCCAAAAAUUAUGCUAGCACAAUCUAUCAAAGCCAAAUCGUGGAUAAUUACUCCGCGAAAACAACCGACAUUGUGCGACGCCAUCCCUUCCCGGUGAAAUGACGUGUGAGGAACGAGCCCAAAAAUUCUAUGCUGAUGACGUGUCACUACCCAGAUCUGGGUAGCGCGUCUGGUUUACCGAAAAUUUACUUCGUCAUUAGUAUAUAACUUCUGCGCUCUUUCCCCUGGCGUCAUUUCGAGGCGAAACCAUUUGUGGCAUCACGAACUGAUGUCUGCUGUUUCUCAACCAAGAGGAUAAUCUCAAAGACAUUGGUUGUUUUUUGUAUUUUGUGUGAUUCUAGCGACCUCAACCGUCCUUGAUGUCUUACUGUGGAGACCUGACAGUGUCACUGAUGUUCGAACCGGGAGAUGAGUCUAACAAGGACAAAAAGAAGAAAAAGAAGUCCAAGGGAAAGCUGCACGUCCAGUUAAAAGAAGCGAGAAAUUUGCCCGCUAAGGAUGCCAAUGGAUUUUCAGACCCAUUUGUUAAAAGGUAUAUUGUUUAGUUUUGUGUUUGUUGGGAGCACUUAGUUGCCUUUCGUCCGUUAAAACUUUUAUGCGGGUGGAAUUGGGCCAGGAUAAUACUUAUUAUUAUAUGGCUAAGUCUGCUUUCGUCAUGCGAUUGGUCAAUUUACGGUCCGUAACUUACUAUACUGACCAAAAUCGUAAAAGCAAAUGCUCAUUUCAUAGCUCUAAAUCUCUUUAUCUCGAUAAAACGGUUAAAACAAAGUUGAAAGACGUCAGUCAACCUUGAGGACUUGGACGUUGACUUCGUCCUUCAACAUUUUAAACUGUGUUUAUUUGUGAACGAAAGUGGUGAAGAAACUGAAUCGUAAUCUUAUCAAAGAAGAGGAUUCUAGUCAGUGUCUGAAAAUUUUAUGGCAGUACAGAGUUAAGAAGACGAAAAUCGACAGGCACAGAUUCGACACGUUUUGCAUUAGAGAAUACGAGCGAUUCCUUCGACAAAUAUGAUAAUAAACAUACCUGCACCUGAUAACCUUGACAAGCUUCUUUGCCAUUCGCAGUGUCUUUUUCAAAGACCAACGAAAUAAAGAUGGAAGCGAUUUCUAACCAUACACUAUGUCCAGUUUUCAAAAGACUCCAGCGUCACAUUGCCUAGCGAAUAUUUACAGUGCUCUUAGUUUUAACCGAAUAAACUUUUUCAACAUGGCGCAUUUGCAUUUUGAUUUUACUUUUAGUGGAAAGCCUUUAUAAUGUACUAUUAUUUCCGUGAGCCAUUUAAAACUUUCAUGUUUUGACGCUUGUCAAAUGAUUGUAAAAUCGCUUGUUCUGCAUUCGUUUCCAGUCCCCCAAAGAGGAAGCCAUAUAAUAAACAUCUUAUUAGCCUCGUUUUUUCCGUCCUUACGUACUGUAAAUUAAGGGAAAAACUCGGUUCGUAAUUUACAGUACUGACCGAAAAUUCGGCUAAUAAGAGGUAUUAAUUUCACAGUUGAAAGUUUAUUUAUUAGUACUGAUACGCUGUUAAUUUACUAAGCUUUCUAAAAGUUUACUACGUUCUAAGUGUUUGAAUACUGAACUGGUGUCACUGUCUGCGCCUUUUGUCGAUAUAACAUUCGUCAACGUAACUUUACUUCAGGAAGUUCAUCAUUUGUAGAAAAAUGAAAAGAUAGUUUCAUUAACUAACUCUUUCUUACAUCCUUGCUGCCACUUUUCCUGCCCAUUUUAUGGUAAGUGAAACCCCAGCAAGUAUAACAAGAAACUUUUCAGACGUUUGACCGCGGUGGAGGCCCAUCCUGGACAAACUAGCGUGUCCUAACUAAUAUUACGCUGUCGAGUGUAUUUGGUGUGAAUAAGGUGAUAGCACCGGUACUGGUGCACAUGCUUGUUUUAAAUGUUCGCCCUCCUAGACUGUCAAAGUACCCUAACCGUGGGUCAUUUGCUAUAACUGAAUAUCUUUUCGUUUAGAUGUGUUGUUACUUUUUGUCCCCUUCCCCGUUACCCUCUCAUCUCUUUCCCAUAUAUUUAAUUACUACUCUUCAACACCCCCCUACCAACGACCGUCCUUGUACUCUUUAUGUUUCUAGUGGUUAGGUAGCCUACGAAAACAGUCUUCUUCCCUCGCUCUUCGCCGCAAGGAACGUUCGUCAUCAGAACGGAAUUUCUGUCGCCGAGGCCCAGACGUCCCUCCUGGCGAAACGUCCUUAGCGGUGAGGAGCGAGAAAAAACGGGUGUUUUCGUAGUCUAGUAAUUAGGUGAUUCGUCGGAACCGGCCCUCCUCUUAGCGUCUGUCAGACACUGCCGGUUACUCUGUUUAUAGCAUGCUUGCCAGGGGUUUUAAGGGAAAGGAAAGAGUGGAGGAGUACUUAUGCUCGCGAGUACAUAACAGGCACGCGAGGGAGCGGAGUUCCCCCACGAGCGCGCCUUUAUUCCCAUUCGCCUUCAAACACCUGCUCCGCAGCUACUUCCUUUCACAAUUCUCUCCUUCGUUAGACCGCGACAGAGCUGUCCACCUGGAUAGUCGCUCCUACCGGGCCUCGACAUUACUAUAUUAGAGAGCUUAAGCAACGACGACGGCAACGGCAACGAGAAAGGCAAAACAGCAACUCUGCACGUGCAUCACGCUUAAUUGUACCUUUCUUUGCCGUCACUGCACGACUACGACGUGAAAGUUCUUAAUUUCACGUUUUAUGGCGGACGUGAACACAAGACAACGAUUUUCUUUUUUUGUUUUUUUGAACUUGGAUACACUCCUUUCGAAUUCAAUUCCCGAAAAAAUCGCCAAUAUUUGACAAAUUAAAAAUGUUGGAAUAAGAACGAUGAAGUUUAAAACAACGCGAAUUCACUUUUUGAGUGAGGUUUUCGCCGCCUUUGCCGUCGUUGUUGCUUAAGCUCGCUAUUAUUGAUAAAGAACUGUCCGCAGUCUGCUCCAAUGUUUAGAAUUGUGUUGUACUCCCUUUUUGUUUUAUUUUCAUUCAUUUAUUUUGGCUAUGUGAGAAAUCCGUGUUCCGUUGUACCGAUCUGUCGAUAAGUAUGAAAGUAAGUCUAGCUUCCCUGCCAAACACACUUAUUCAGUGCAAAGAAUGGCGAAGGAUAAGGUGGAGCAUAACGCCAGUUUUGCCUCGUUAAUUAGCAUGUCGCUAAUCAAUGCUCAGCUUUUGACAAGGAACUGGACAGGCCUCAGUUGUUCAAAAUCCAUGAGUUAAAUCACUACCCAGCGGCACAUAAGUAGUAGGGAAACCAAUUGUGUUAUCUAGUGGAUAGAGAUUUAUCGCUAAAUAACUUCAUCCACCUUUUGAAAAGGCAAGUGAUGCCAGGUGGUUGAUAUUUUUCCAUAUUAAAGCUGUCCUUCUAGCCUCACAGCAGUAAAAAGCGACUUUAUCUUCGAAUUCGCUUUGGUUUAGGUUAUAAGAUGAUCGUUUGAGUUUUAGCUCUAAGGCGUGUUAGCUUCUAUUUUAAAUUUAGUAGUUAACGGCCUCGUCAUCUGACAAUAUAUGUUGUUGAGGUUAGUUAUUGCUCGAUUUCAAGAUAGUAUGGGCCUUGUUUAUGUUUAGUCCGCAGUGUGCAGUAUGAGCGCGCGCGCAUGGCAUCUAGUAGCCUGCAUCAGCUGUAAAUUUGUUCGCCCGGAAACAGUUUUUUCUCCUGCGCGACGUUUACGGCGAAAUGCUUUCCGACAGUGAGUGCUAAUGUUUCGAUAACAACGGCUUCAUUUAACCAGGUAACACAAUAUGUAACUAUAAGAGAUUUCAAAGAGAAAACAAGUAAGGCGAGGUACAGCGGUUAGCCAUCUUGAUAAUCUCACUUAUUUUCGCUCAUCCUGUGUAAAAACAGUAGUCUAGCACGUUAGAACUAGACAGCUGUGCUGUUGAUGUUAACAUUCCGUUUAUAACCACUGCUUCAAAUCCACCGCACAGUUUUUUAAAAUGUUUUUAUUUUUCUUACCCGUCUUGUUAGUGUGUCUUGGUUGGUUACUUGGCAUCUCCAGAAACUCGUUUAUUUAGUCAGUUGGCUAUUAAUUUCAUUCCGCUGUUCGUCUGUUAAGACAGGUGAUCAGUGAUCCUGCCGGAAUAACCCGCUUUACUCUUAACGACAACAGAGUGCAAGAACUGCGUUUUGCAUAAAUGUUAUGCUUUCUUUCCUUUUUUUUUCUGUUUUGUUUCGUUUUCAGGUGAAUUUACUCAUCUUCCUUUUACAAUGUUUUUCAAUUCUAAAUAUUCACAACAAGUGCCUUUGAUCAAUUCGAAUUUGUACGUAUUUCGAUUAAUUUGCAUAGCCAAAUCUAAUUCUUCACGAAUAUUUGCUCUUUCAAAAAAAUUGCGAAAUGAGCGUGAGAUACUCUGCGCUGCCGGUAAAACUGUUUUUUUGUUGUUUUUGUUGUUGUUGUACCGUGUUAAUGGCGUAAAAGGUUCUUUAUAGGCUGGAUUUUGUUUUAUUUAUGGUUGUAAUUGAAAUCAUUAAGCUUACAAAAACGUCUUCUUUCGUUGUAUUGAAAGCACAAUAAAGCUUAUAUUAGUCAAAGCUUAGCGAGUAUAUAGCUCGGUUUCCUUGGCAUAUGGCACUUUUAUCUUGUCAGGAUACCAGUUUAUCGUAAAGGGAUUUGAAAGGCGACUUUUUAAGUGUUUGUAACCUUUUGUGAGAGCUAUGAGGAAUAUUAGGAAUUGUGUUUGCUCUGACACUGCUGGCAGCGUUAAAAACCUUGAAUGAUAUUUGUCACAUUAUAUAAUUAUAUGUCUCUAGUGCCCAUAUAUACACAGCAUAGAUAUAAACUAAAGGUUCAUAUCUUAGAAAACAACACGGCAAUAUUUCCAGGACUCAGUCCUACUUUAGCUACUAGUAAUAAAGCGCUAUAGUUGAAAAGCCCCUCAGAUGUCGUCUUGUUAUGUUUUUGAAAAAUGUUCAAUAACAUUCCCAUCAUUUUGAAUCAACUAACCAACAGUACCUGGUUGUAAUGUCGUACCCAGAUCUCUUGCCUCUUGCGUUCGGCUUUGUCAACAAGAGAUCUGGGUACCAGGUUAGACCCGGUUGUUCAAAAGUUGGAUAGCGCUAUCCACCGGAUAAAUCACUAUCCACUGGGUAAGUAUUUUACGAAAACCAAUUUGCGUUAUUCACUGUAUAGUGAUUUACCCAGUGGACAGCGCUAUCCACCUUUUGAACAACUGGGGCCAGAAUUUGUGCCAUUGAUUUAUUUAGUUACAAUGUUGUGAUAAAAACGCCAAGGAUUUUUCACGGUCAGCGAGCUCUUAACAGAGACUGCCUAUUGUUAUUGUCAUCUUUGAUUUUUGCCGCUUCUAUAACCGUCUCCUUCUGAUACCAAGCGAGAUAAACAUUUAUUUCUUUUGAGACAGAGUAAACAACACAACGCGCAAUUUUGGGUCCAAAGCAAAAACAGUUUGUUACCGCUAUUCCAUCAGCUAAAAUUCUUCCUGUUUACUCCUCUCGUGCUCUUAAGGGUAUUAUUCAAGCUUUUACUGGCUGCUUUUAAAGGGCACGUUGACUUCCAUUCCUUUAAUCGAAAAUAGCAAAUUUUGGAAGAUUUGUAUCUCCUAUCAAUAAUCUUAGCGUUUCACAGGUCUUGGAUCCAGCUAGAAUUAAUCAUAAAUAUCAGUAUUACAAGUAAUUGUUUGACAAAGCGACUGCCAUUACAUUCGUUUCGUAAAACGAAUUCUCGUAAUUCUGUGUAAAUGUUCAUGAGAUCAUGCCAAUAUGCCUUGUGUAUAUCACCUUAUGAGCUCAAGUUCACUGUCAAGAUCCUGUCUACGAAAUGUCAAAAUUGCAAAUGAAAGAUGUUACCCCUGAAGUGAUUAGCUUUAAAUGUCGACGGGAAGGCUCAGGAUAAAUAAGGCCGUCAGUCAUGAGGUAAUACACACACCAGCUGUUAAAUACAGUAAUUCUUCCACCCUCCCCUUUCCCAGCUAACUUCAAUGCCCCAUCGCUCCCGGUUUCUUCCUGUGCUCCCCCUGUUCAGUACAUACCUUGUUCAUGCACGUUAGAAAUAUACUAGAGUGAUUUCACAUAACCCUCGAAAUAGACAGUAGACUACUACGCAGUAAUUACACCCUAAUUUCAUUGUUAUUGUUUCACAAGUUGAGUAAAAUCGCGCGAGGAAAGUGUUUUAUAUUAUGGUAAUAUUCUUGCCUAAUACGUUUCCAAGCUUAGUCUAUACGAAACGUUACUUUGUUUUGCAGCGAGUACUCUGUUUAGCUCUAUUCUUUAAGAAUACGUGGUUGCUGAGAUGGACAGCUUCGCAUCAGUUCAUAAACGUCCGGUUGAAAACGUCUGUUCCGAGAUAGAUACCCAUAAAACCUAUUAUAUAACCCCACCCUCUCCCCACCGGCACUUCAAAGACCUCCUCAUUCCUUGUUCUCUAUUUACCCUGUUCAGACGUAUUGGAAACAGACUGGUACUGAAACUGGUUUCUUGAUCUUAAAAGAAGGUUUUUUUAUUGAAUAUUUUGUUACCCCUGCUCUUAUGUUCUACAUUGCCAACAGCUACCUUCUACCAGACACAAGUAAAAAGACCAAGCGCAAAACAUCGGUGAUUAAAAGGAACCUCAAUCCUAUUUGGAACCACUCGUUCGCUUACGACAACCUGACAAUCGACGAGCUCAGGAACCGCGUCUUAGAGCUGACCGUGUGGGACUACGACCGAGGUUCCAGUAACGACUUUCUGGGAGGUCUUCGACUGGGCCUUGGAAAUAAUACUGAGCCGUGGGACGACUCGCAGGGCCUGGAGAUAGAGGCCUGGCGGCUGUUGCUUGAGAGACCCAAUAAAUGGCACGAGCAUACGUUGAAUCUACGAUCAAGCAUGGACAGCCAAGUAGAUUAAUACAAUUUGUUCCUAAGGUAAUUGCGGAGUACUAAUGCAGCUUUAAAAGCUUCCUAUACCCGCGUCAGCUGACUUUCUGCACCGUGUGCGACGAUGGAGGAUAUCAACGUCUUUCUAACGAAAAAAAGAAGUAAAAGAACGAAGUCACGAUAAACUGGUCGCCUGUGGCAACGACGAUCUAUCUAAAUUAAAAUUGUCCUUCGUUUAUUGCGAAUCGGAAUUAAAUAAAGAUCAUGCGUUCUAUUGUAGAGCGAUUUCCCCAAAUUUGGUAGCUUAAAUUAUACAAUUUUCAAAAGUCUGAUAACCUUGACAUUUUUGAUAGUCCUUUGAUGUAAUUCAAUUUUCUACGAAAACUUGAAAUACAUUUUUUACCCUGUGAAUUAGUUUUCCACUUUGGUAAUUUUUAAAAAUUCAUCGGUAAUUUUUAAAAGAAAAAAAAAUAGUCGGCAUGCACCAUUGUAUGUGUGUGGUUACAAUAUUAUUUGUCGAACAAGGUUCAUUAUUAUAUCGUUGGCAUAUCCAACGCACAAUUAAGCAAGUUCAGAAGCGUGAAAAAGAAGGCUGUAUUUAUGUGCAUUUAUGAUGUUGAUAGACUGUACUGCGUGUAAUAUCUUUUUAUUUACUGCUCACUAUUUAAUAGUUAACUUGUUACCUAUAUCCAGGUUAGUCUUUUUAAGGCUCAAAGGCCUAAGGCGGACAUUGCUCCCACUGCUGAGCAUACAUGUGUUGUGUCAUUUGGAGUUAGUUAGUCUGAAAGGACCUUCCCUUGUUAAUAAAAUCCAAGUGAUUUCUUCCUGGUAUCUUGUGAUCUUUUUCCUGGUUCGUAUCCUUACAUCGCGGUUUGGACUUUAUCAUACGGGGCUUAUGUGGGAGGGAUAUGGAACGUGUGCUUGUCCCAUUAUGCUAUGUUUUUGACAUGACGAUACCUUCUGCAUUAAGAGGUUGCUAGUAGGUUUUCGGGAUUUUGGCUUGACGACCGAGUUUCGGGAUUUCAGAUGAAAAGGGGAGCGCGAGUCUGGAUUAGAAUUAUGAGCGGUGCACGGGGUGUGGUCAUUUUACGGUGCAGUAUUCGGCAAAUGUUCUUUUAAAAAAACUGAAUCCACGUUUAAAACCAGGAAUUGCAGUUUUCUUUAGUACUGACAUAAACCUCUUAUUCGACUUAAGGUGUCAAUAUUUUUUUCAAACCUUUCAUCUGGCGGUGGGGACCGUACCACCUUUCCUACUACUUUUCCCGUCAGGUUUACGGGAUUAAUACUCGGGCUGGCUUGACUGUCCUUUUAGCCGGGAAUGUCAACACGUUUAUUUAUCUGAUGAAUGUGCAAUGUGCUACUCCAGCCUUUUGUUCUUCUGUGAUGUAAGGAUGCAAGCCUUCACUCCCCAUCCAUUCCUACUAAAAGCUCCACCAACAAAUACAACGAAAAUAACCAGAUAAGGUUUUCAAUAAAAAUGGCUCGUGCAAUCAUGAUAAUAUAUAAAAUAAUGUAAACACAUCAUUUUAAAGACCAUAUGAAAUUUAUAAACGUCGUUAAAUGUAAGUUGAUAACCACUCUGCAUCCCAGCUUAUUGCAUACAUAAAACCACUGCUUUUGCCGCGCAUUCGUAAGUGAUAGAAUUAAUUGCAUAUAUAAAUGAGCAUAGUUAAAUAGUUAUUUCCCUUCAUAAAGUUUAAACGUUACAAGUAGUUGCUUUAAUUUUGUGGUUUGUAAACGUAAACUACACUAAAUGUAAGUAGUAGUCUUGCAGAUAACCGAUGAAGUGAUCAGCGACCCAUAUGACAUACUUUGGCUCCGUUUAUAUUAAGAAAACUUGUCCUGGGCAGAACAAAGAAUGAGAAACAAAACUUUAGCUCGGCUGGAAAAGGUCACCCUUCUAGCCAAGCCGACUUUUCUCCAUAUAGACGUUUUGGCCAGCCCUUGGUCAAGGCGAGGCAAUCAAAGCAUGUGCGAACGCUGUAUUAGAUAAUCAGAGCAUGCGCGAUCGCUCUGGGUCAACUAUUUUCUUAUAAAGUUGACUUGAUUGGCAGGGUGAAAACUCGGGACAAUUUUUCCCCAUGUAAACGGGGCGCCCCAACGAAAACCCUGCGCCAAAAAAUUCAAGAUCUUCCCUAAACUUGCCUAAUGAGCUAAAUUUAACCUGACUCUCAUAUGUGGACUUUCACAACCAGAAUAAGAAAACAAGUUUGACCGUCAAUAAACUGCAAUUUAAAUAAAGUAGUUGGAUAGAUUAAUCAGUGAUAUAAAUUUCAUGAGAUCAUACGUUCAUCAAUAUAUUAAUUCAAACUGCCCAUUCUUAAAAAAUUGCAAAAACGUGUCAAGGCGGCAGUGUUUGUUGACGAAUCAAUGCAAAUUUUCUUCGUUCCAAGCUGAGUGACAACUUCGUCCCCAGGGUCUUCUCGUUUGCCAAUAUGGCGAGACCCUGGCGACGAGUUUCACGAAGGGAAACACUUUUGUUCCUGUCAACCAGCAUGGCCCCAGUAACGUCACCUGAAAACCAGCAAUAAUUUUUUCAUAUCAAUACAUUUCGUUAGCUUAACCAUUUACAGGUAACUUCGGGUUCCUGUUUUUGAUUAUUAAUUAUUUAUUAUUAACAUAUCAAAAACAAUUAAUGAUAGUUCAUUAAAAUCUUGCGUAAGAUACUUUAUACAAAAAGUACAAAAAAAGAAAAAUGUAAAAAGUAAUUCAUUUGUAAGAUAAAAAAAGUAAUCGAGAAAGUAAUUCAAACUAAAACUAAUAUUUUUUAGUCUUUAAUUCUCACAAUUGCCUUUAAGAAGUUUAAUAAGUUCUUUUGCCUGCCUUUAAAUCAAUAAGUCAUAUGUAGCAUAAGGCAUGUGAAACGUAAAGAUUUAAAUUUUAAAGUGCAUGGGUUCAGAAAGUUUGCACUAAAUCCUUUCUUAAGAAUUAAAAAGCGGAUUUCACUUGUACGUGAUGUUUUAUAUUUUGCUGUCACGCGCUCGUUGUUCUAGAGCCGUUGUCCAUACGAGCGGUGGACAAUGGCUAACCAAUCAUAAAGCACGUCCUAUCCAACUGACCUGUGGCGUCAGAGAAAUUAUGCAAGGAGUGCCUGCUUCUUCCUAGCCUCCUACGCGGGGACGCGGGGCCGGUUUUAGAUGAGUGGCAUUUACUUCCUCGUUGGGGGGGAGGAAAUAUGACUUCCCUAAAAACACCUGCGUGGGAGACUGGCCAUCUUCCGUGUGUUAAAAAAUACGGAUCACGUGUAGAGUAGUUCAAGUAUUAUUAGGGAUCAAUUUAAUCAUUCUUUUCAUUCCAAAGUAAUUAACAAGUGAAGCUAUUUCAGGCUCGCAUAUUAAACUUGUGACAAUCGUACGUGACUGACCCAGUAAUAAUCGAAGAGACUAAAAACUUGUAACGUCCAAAAUAUGAGAUUCAAACCAAUCAUAGAUAACGUCUGCAAUGAACUCCGCCGGCUCGUGUGGGCGGCUGUUGGCUCUAGCAUGACACAGUACAUUCCCAGCAAACCUAAAAAACGAGUAAGAAUAGCACCCCUUUGCUUUAGCGAAAAGUGUGAAAAUUGUCUAUUCAUGGAUAUAAAAGUUAAUCUUUCUCGAUCGCAUGUAAAGAUGUAAAGGGCGAAGCAUUUAUUAUCCAGAAACGUCAGUCUUUCUAUGAAACAGGCUUAUAUCGGGUGUCGGAAAUAUUUUGAAAAGAGACCUUGAAACUGAAUUGAUUUUCACUAAGACAUCAUAGAUGAAACAAAUUUUUUUGCGAGAGAAGGUAUUGCCGUAAAUUAAUGCGAAUUAAUCUAUUAGUAAAAUUGAUUAGCAUAGAAACGUCUUGUUGGUUUUCAAUUAAUUUUCUCUGAAAAUUUUGGAAAAAUUUUACACAAAGUACUCGUUGCGAUAAAGAAGCUUUCCUUGGUUGUGAAUCCGAGGAUAAUGCUGUUUUAGGUCAAUUCUGUGCUGGAGUCAUUAAUUGCCUAGUGCCUUUACCCAUAUAGAAAAUGCUCUUGUAGAGUUAUGAAGAAGGUAGCAAACCAAUAUUUUAUCUGGAAGCUCUCACCACAACAUUUUUUGGUGAUUUUUGUUGGAAUGGCAUGAAAACUUGCAAAGGUUUGUCCAACUUUUUCAAGUUUCAAUCCAUGUCCAUCCUUGCCAUCCGUUGAUCCAAACGACAGAAAACAAUUUCAAUGCCUAAAUAUAGUCUGAAAUACCUAAACUAGACCAUUAUGUUUAAAAUUCUAUUGAUGAGAAGACAGAUUUUAGGUUUUUUAAAAGACAGCAAAUAGCGUGACGUGGCCCCUUUAAGUCUCGAAUAUUGGCAGCAGUAGAACAUUUUCGGGGAAAGUAAUUCAGUUUUGUCAUUCAGCAGGCAACAUAUUUCAUCCACAGACUCUACAGUUAUGGCAACAACGCAUUAUCUUCAUUGUCUUCAUUUUUUCUUUCUUUAUUAUUUUUGGCCAGAGUUAAAAAAAUUACGAAUGCUGUCUCACAUCUCAGCAGUAUGUUUUUUUCAAAAGACUGAUAUAAUUCUUGACAUUUAACGAGCGGAUCAAGGAAAACAGGUGACCGAUUGUAAUAUUUUUAGGCGGCCUUCUUUCCCGCUUGGCUGUACAAAGUUGUCAUGAACGAUUCGUAUAACAGACAAUGGCUUUUUCUUUUUCCGUGCUGCGUGUGCACAUUUUUGGCAUCAGUACCUGGAAACCAUAGAAACUAUCACGUGGUAAGCUUUAUUGCACCUGUGAAAAAUUUAUAUUUCAACACGAGCGGAGAGCAGAUUAUUGUACACACAAACUCCAAUUCCUUUGUACAAAACCUUCCUUGGGAUAGAGAUAACUGAACGUAGGAAGUAACAAGUCGAAGACCGGCUGGUGAGUACAAUAUCUUUAACGAGUGAAUAUAACUUAAGGUGAGGACGUUGACGCUCUAAAAAGGCAUCUUUAACCAACGUUAAAUUGAAUUCGUAAAAUGGUUUUCUUGUAAUUUUUUUCAUGUCUACAUCCUUUACAGAGGGAGCUGUCUCAAAAAAGAAGUUUUGUUCUUAAUUAUUUUCUUUGUUUUGGGGCGAGAUUAGAUUUCGGGUGAAGAAAGCCAACCCCACCGGUAUGUAAUUGGUGUCAGGUCACUUCUUUCAAUCCUACCUCAGUACUUCGCUUCCUCCCUAUUUGAGUCUUUCUGGAAAUACUAAUUUUACCACACAUAGAAAACACUACUCUUAAGUUAACUAAGUAAUCCGCGGCUUGAACUUUUCACAACCUUCCAAACAUGUAAUCCAAAGUGCCGAAAACGUUUUGACAUCACGAAUAUGCAAAUUCCGAUAGAUCGAACUUCGAUGGAUUCCGAUAUAAAGUUUAUACUACUACACGAAAAAUUUCUGCAAUUUGAUUGGCUUAGAACAGUGGUAUUUCAACUUAAUUUGAAAUACCUACAUGUGAAAAUUACAAACCUUUUGCGGGUAGUAGUAUAAACAAAUAAUAGCAUGAUUUGUACGUGAUAUUCGGCAUAAAUACCAUUCGUGAUAUUUCAAAAUUGCGUAUAACAAUUUCGAAAUAUAACUCGUGGCAUUUAUGCCAAUAUCACUACAAAUCAUGCUAUUACCUAUACUAAUACUAUGAUAUAUCUUCAUCUCAAACACAUAUGUAGCUAUUCACUUCAGCUUGCUCUGUGGGACGUGUGUGAUGUAAAUUAAAGCGAUUGUUGAUGAUUAUUAUGCUGCAAAUGUUUGCAGCCCAAAAUGUAAUAAUAGUAGCCGUAAUUUGUUUCAUGAUCGUAAUGUUUAAUUUUGUUGUCCUUCAUUUAAAAUACGUCCUUAUUCCUAACUGGCUUAAAACAAUAGUGUCCGGCUAAUUCUUCAUAACCAGUUGGCGUUGAUCUAAUUUAAACCACGAUCUGCAUUAUUAUUCACAUUGUCCUCAUCCUCACCCAAUGAAUUGUUAAUUAUUUUUAAAAAAAAAAAAACUUUCAGAUAAUGAUAUUAAUGAUAUUGAGAUAAUUAUUAAUGUUAAAGCUAACUCUGUGAACAAGAAUAUGGUUAUUCACAUCGUGUUCCUAGUAGUAUAGGGCGCACCAAAUUAACCCCUUUUUUGCAGGAAAGAUUAACGCCAAUGACGUCAUAGCCUUUUGUUUUUAUCUCAUGAAUGAAAUGAGGUGGAUUCUCAUUAAUGUAAAGUCAUGUGAUUUAAAGUGGACCAACCAGUUGGACAGUUUUUCUAGUUUUUGUAAAGGAAGGUGUUACUUUUCAGGGUUUGGUUGACAAAAAACUAAGAAGUUUUCUGGAAUCCAAGCACACCAUGACCACACCAUCUAAGGCGGACCCAUAAAUCUUGCCCUAUCACAAGACAAUACAGCAGUCUUUUGGGCAAAAAUUCGUAAUCGAUAUUUUUGUUAUAUUUCACUAUAUUUUGAUUUUAUUUUUAAAUCUUUUCGCCCCUUGAAGACUGCAGAUAUGUAGAAAGCUCCCUUUUUCAAAAACGUUUUGGCAAGAGCACGUUUUGAUAUGUUAAUAUCGUGAGUUAUCCCGGAUGCGGCUCCUCUAUUUUUUCAAACCAUUAACAAAUUGAAUGUUGAAGCACGAGAUUUGUAACUAGAUGGUUUGAGUAAAUGGUAAGCACCUCUUGAGUACGCCAUCUCAUUGCAUCUACCCCUAGCAGUGGUGGAUCCAGGGGGGGAGGGGCCCCUCCCCUUAUUUUAGACCAGACUGAGGCCCGAAGGGUAAAAAAAAUUUUUUUGGACACCGCCCCCUACCUUUUCUAAGGGUCUGGAUGACCGGCCCCCCUCCCCCUUAUCUCAAGGUCUGGAUUCGGCACUGCCUAGUGACUAUCCUUGUUGAAUAAUGAAAGUAUUAACUGACUCACCUUCGCGUUUCAUGGGAAAUGAAUAAUUAUUUGUGUUAACGAUUCUCAUAUGCCUGCGGGAACUAGGAUAAUUUAUGCUUGCCAACUGGGAUAAAGUUUCAAUUGACUUGAGAGGGCAUAACGUACGUUUAAUCUCCUGACUCUCAUUUCAAUGAUAAUUGAUUUAUAUUAAACAACAAAAAAUUAAGUCAAUGUCAUACCGUAAAUACAACAUGAUAGGCAGUCAAUACCAUGUAAUGAGCUUUACUUUGACAAGUUAUAUAACAAAAAUUAUUAUUAUUUUUCUAUUUUAUGAACGGGAGUUUUGAAAGUAUCCUUUAAAGAAAAAUAACCAUAAAUUUGCGUUUGGUCAAACCUAAACCUUAGGCAAGUUCUUUGUGCCUUUGUGUACUUGAAGUUUUACUUGAGUUAAAUGAAGAGCAUUUAACUGCUCCAGUGACAUAAUAAUAGCAACUUACUCAAAUAAUAGUAACAUUGAUAGUAAUAGGAAUAGUGAUAAUAAUAAUAAAAAUAAUAGUUUAGUAAUGGCAAUAGUAUUGUUAAUAGUAAUAGUAAUAUUAAUAAUGCCUUUUUAAUGGAUGCUACAAGCAGCGGAUCGAGUUAAUAAGUUACCAAAUGGAAAGAUUAAUUACCAUUGGAUGAGAAAAAAGCAUAGUUUCCCGCGUAAGAUUUUAUCGCUUUUUUUUUUCUAUUGCUCACCUGAAUUGCUGAUUUUGGAAAAGACAUCGUCUCGAUAAACUUAGGAUCUGGACGCUUAUUUUCAUAGACGUUCAGCAGUUGGUUCGCCACGAGCUUAAUAAAAAAUUUGCAGGGGAUAUGAAAACUAAUAAUUAUUGCACGACGUAUGUUUUCUUCCUUUUAAAUUCUCCGUAUUCUAAAAGUUCUCUUUUCCUGAAGACGAAACGUUCAGGCGUACAAUGCUAACGAUAAAAAUUCAUAAACGUGUAGAUAAAUUAUUCGGGGUGAUUCUUCCUUAAUUUUUUUUUAAUAUAAAAGGACGAUAAUAAUUUCUGGUUGUGAUCAUUUCUAACAUUAAUAAUUAAUGCACCCCACAUUUGGUCCCUAAUUGCUUCUUGUCACUAAAGUUGACUUUUCGAUUCCCAUGUGCCUAAAAUUAUUUACUUUUGCACUUUCGCUGGCAUAUUGUGAUAUUUUGAACUUAAAACUUUAAGGUUUAUUCUUCGCAUUAGACCGGCAAUUCACAAUGUUGUUUUCAAUGAAGUUAUAUUGGAUAACAAAGACAAUAAAUAAAACGGCUUGGGGCAUAGAAUGAUAAUGGGCAAAAACAGAUUCAUCUGUUAUUCAUGUCGCGAAAUAAAGAUGGUGAAUUAAUUUUAUUAAUGUCAUCUCUUGAAAUGUUUUCAGGGCUGGUUUUCAUAAGCCUAAAAUAGUUUUCUUCAGCUCGUUCAUCACUGCCAGUUACAUUACUCAGUAGAAUUUUAUUGAAACUAAGUGUUCGACUCAGGUGUGGUUUGCGGCACAUGAUCAAAUUAUGGUUCAAGACUUUGACGGUGGUGGUUUCAUCCCAAAUAUCAAAUUAACAUCACAGCUUUGAAGUGCAUUCCGUGCUGUACAAAUACUCUUCAGUCCCUGCAGACUUUCUGGCACAUACUCAUUGAUUUCAAUCACAGUUUUAGCAACUUAUCAUUUUAGCUUCACGCAGAACAAUGAAAACUGCACGAAAAAGUAAGUCAAGUAACGGGGCGGCAUCUAGUGGCUCUCGCGCGUUUAUAUAUAGAUUCAAAUAUUUAAAUAAAAAUAACUGUGUUUUUGACUUCGUGCUGUGCUAUAAAAGUCAUAUUUUCAGCGUUAGAAACUUGUGUAAAAGAGCUGUUCUUUGAAGCACCCCCUUGCGACAGCACGUGAGCGUAACAGCAAUUCUGCACGGAAGAACGAUUCGAUAGCCAAUGGGUUUCUAGACAACGAGAGUUCUCGUCAGCAAUGAUGGACUUGCAAUAAUUUGUGAUUGGUGUAAAAUUCAAAUUUUGACGUGUUUUGUUUUGUUUUUGGUCUCUUUUUUGUUUAUUCAUGAGCAAACCAGUCGCAAUAUUCCAAAAUUGAAGUGAUCAUUUGGUAUUCGAUGACAACGUUUUUUAGUCUCUGGAUUAAUCAUAAUAUUUUCCACUUACUCGAGUCGCGUCUGACCAGAUUCGUUGCUACACCGAACGAAACACUGCUCACACAAUAGUUAAAAACUCUUAAAACAUGGAACAUUUUUCUCGACUGCUACCGUAAGUCGCAUUAACAUGUUGUUAUUAUUGAUGUGUUUUUUAUGUAUUUUUUCUGUCCUUGUGCGUACUAUUCUUCACUUUACCGCUCUUUAACGGUUCGCCAUCUUAGAUAGAUAGAUAUAAUUCACUCGAAAAUGCCAGAGUCGCUAAAUUUUCCUUUUUUUGUUGUUGUUGUUUUCAUUUUCAGCCUUCCUUGUAUUCUUCGAUUUUCGGUCGUAAAGAAGUUUAUUUAAAUCCGUACUCUAUAAAAGCCUUUAUACGGACUUCAAGCAAGAUCUGAUAAAAUGUCGGCGUAACUUAUCAAUUUCCCAACAACGGAAAUGAUUUCCUUUACAACGCUUUCAAGACAGGUGUCUCACGCCGCAGCGCAAAAUUAAGAAGAGAACUGAAGACCUGUAAAUUCAAAGAAAGUUAGACGAAAGUGCGAUGUUAUUUGCAGAAUAUCGCUGCAUACAUUUUCUUAGCGCAGCCUGACAGACUUAAAUGCUCUGUUCGACAUAUCUCUCUUUCCGUGCGGAAGUAUGUAUUAGGUUUAUUUGUAGGGAGCCGGGUGGUAGCGAUAAUCCUUCUGCUAUCAUUCUAUUUCUUAAUUUAUAAAUGAAAGCGCUGACAAGAGCAAUCCGGCAAAAUUAAGCUUAAUACACGGCCGGCUAAUGUACGAUGCAAAACGGGGUCUCGUAGUAAAGUACACCGGCAUAUACAGAUAAAGUGAAGCUAAAAGUGGCGCCUUUAUCGGCGUAUUCUUUUUCUUUACAACGUUGAGUGCAAAACAACGGGGAUUCAUAAAGCAUUUUUAUUUAAGAAUCGCCGUUUAUAAGGGUUCUUAUGUUAUAAAUAAUGAGCAAGCAAAAUUCCACGAUUAUAAAGCAAUUAUUUAUUUAACAAAACCAAGAAAAGCUUGAGACUAAGUAGAUAGAAGUGCGUUUUGAAUUGCAAAACGGAUAUACAACCGUUCGGUCAGUAAGUUAGCUACAGAUUACUGCAACCCUUAAUUCAAGUCAAUUUAUAUUUUUCCAUAAGGCCUAUGUGCCUAUCCUCCAUGAUGUUUCGCAAUCUUAAGAGUAAAUAUACAAAAGUAAAUAUAACUACACGAAAGACUUACUAUUUCUCUUUGCAGAAAAUGGUAUCAAGAUUGACCUCUUCGUUCCUAAUGAAUAAAAACUUCGUUUUUGAGGGGUAAAGGAGGAAGCAGGGUGGCCGAGUGGUUAGAGCGCUGGAUUUGUAAUGUUAAAGUCCCACUCUGAACGCUAGCUGGAUUUGUUCUCGGUAUUUCCGAGAUCAAAUCUUCGGCCUCGCUUGUAAAUAGCCAACUGGCUUGCCUCCUACCAGUUGGGAAUUUUAACCAUAUUAUGUUACUUUUAAAUUAUUUGUUUCAUAUCCUAAAAACCUCAGAAGCUUAAAAACUUUGAGAAUGAGACCUCUAGUCAGCGAUAUUUAGAAGAGUAGUGUCCUUUUUAAUGUGAAAUCUACAUUUUAGAAUAGAAACGGCAUAACACCUGCAGUUUUUAAUUUUUGUGCGAUAGUCUAGGCCUUUUGUAAAACUACAUACACACAACAUCGUUUUCAAAAGUCUGGUCAUAAACAAUUAGGGCUAGGGUGCUAAUUUUCAAGUGGGUGGUGGCAAUAAACGGGAAUAUGGAAAAGCUUAUAAUUUUAAAAUUACAGGAAACAGAGGGAAUGGGAAGUUAGACUUUUUCAAAGUCCUUCGCUCCUCGUUUCCGGUUCCGGUAGUAGGAAAAACAAAAACAUUCUAGCCCGCGCUUUGUGCUCGAGAAACAUUUUGAGCUCGAUUUGUGGGUAAGUCUAAUAGGAAGUUAGCUAAAAAUUACAAUUAUUACAAAUAAAUUGAAAAAUAUGAAACUUAGUAAACAAAAUACUAUGACAGUACCAAAACUUUAUAUUCAUUAAUAUAAUCUAAUGAUAUAAAACAACGCAGCUCGAUCUGCAACAGAUAGAUACUUGGUCGGCAAACUCACAACGGAAUAUCCCAAGGGUUUUGGAACUGCUGUCACAAAGCUAUUUAAAUCCUUUUAAUUAUUUCUUUCUUGUGCGUAGCUCUAUUGUUUCAGGGGCAGCGUUUAUUGUUUCUGUUGUUUGUCUCUUGUUGACUGUUUUUGUUUUUUGUUUUUUUUAUCAAAUCCAGUCGGCUAUUCAGAGAGCUUCUAUAAGCCGCCCUGUUGGAAAGUUGAGGUUCUUUGUUUUAGAUUAUUAGCCAGAGCCUUUAAAACCAUAGCACCUCCUUUACCUUACAAAGGGCAAAGCUAAAGAAUAUCACCCUGAAAAUAGGUUCAAUGAACACAGGGAAGAUGGUAACGGGCAGAUCGUAAAACCUAAUGGCAGACUGAGCAGCAAAAUGAGCACCCGGAAGGAUGCGUUCACUUCCUAUUAGCGUGCUUUGCGUUCUCUUUUGACAAUGCUUUGUCCUUGCUUAAAGGAGCUAUGUCAUCUUAGGUCAAAUCUGCGCUAAAGUCAUUACUUAGUGCUUGACUUAUUGAAGUGGCUAUCUUAAUGUUAAAACUAUUUUUUUAUUUUGUAAUGCGACCGUCCGAAUCAGCUCUCGAUCGCUAAGUUUGGAAGAAAAAUUGGUGCGAUUGAUCAAGAAUUGUUAGGGAUGUCACCGUUUAUUGCUUGUGCCGGCAACAAAAUCAUGUUGAGGAGAAUAUUUGUAUGAUAAUCCAGCUUUUUUAUUCCAAAUUUUUCUAUACAUUUUCAUGGCAAUUGAAAAUGAAAACCCUUUCCACCCUCCUCCCCCCCCCCGGGACACAUUAUUUAGUGCUAGAACAAAUCAACAAAUGAAAUAAGUGAUAAAAAAAAAAUCGCUCUGAGUAUUAAAUUUCAAAGCUGAUUCGGAUGCUUGCAUUAUAAAAUAAUGAAAAAAAAAAAGCAUCAUUUUUUAAUUUCUGGUUUAUUCUAAGAUUUUUUGUUUGUGUUGGUGGUGGAAUCGGUAUAUUCCUUAGUCGUCUUUUUCUGUAGUAUUGAGGGAGGGGCCGGCAGACACAGCACUUCUGCAGAUUGCCCUUUUAAAUGUGACUGACUGAGCUAAUUUUUAAGUGAUCUAGCAGCUGUGCUCAGUAAACAAGGAAACGAAUGUUUAAAUUUAAUUUUCUAGGAGUUUGCCGAAGUUCUUCGAAAAAGAUAUAAGUGAGAAAACAGAAAAAAAGCAGGACUCCCAAGGGACGCCUGAACCCCACGAAGAGGUGCCUUUAGUAUCACAGACGCACUCGCACGAGAAUCUAGCGUUUGAGCAAGAGGAAAAGCAUCUGGAACCUAAAGAUACCUCAAUAGAUUCCACAGCUUCUACGAUGGAGACAACACUUGAAUCGACAACAAGCAGCGAGAGUCAAGAUAUUAAGGAUGCUCAAGUAGAAAGCGGAGACGACUCGGGGAUUUCCGUAAAUCAGUUGAGCGGAAGUGACGCCAAUCAAUCUGAGUCCAACAUGAUCGAUGAGGGUCGGGAAGUUAAGGAUUCUAAGCAAAGCGGAAGUGAUUCUGGGAACCAUGUGAACGGAACUAACGCUGGAGCCACAAGUGAAGAUGGAGAUGAAAACGAAGACCCUGAACUCGGUCACGAUGUAAAACCUUUCCUAAAAGCUAUCGGUACUAUUGCAACGAAACUGGCGAUGGUCAGUCCGCCUGAAAUUAAAGUCGAUAAACCAACAACGUUGUUUGCAGUUGCAAAAGGAGACACCACAGACUCCCCAGUCAAAAAUGAAAAGCAACCAUCUCCUUUUACUUCAAGGCGGCAUACGGAUCAUGAAAUAAAAAAAAAGAGCAAUUUAUCACCCGACGAAGCACUGGUGAUACGUCGCCAUAGUGACUUUGCUGUUUCGGUUCCUAUAUCGACAAACGAAGAAUUAGCUUUAGCGGACUUGAAACGACGCGGAUAUGGUGCCUCCGGAGCUCAAAGAGGUACACGCUAUGUAAUAUAUAACCAUAGUUUUUAAAUAAAGCAAAUGUUUUUUUUUUAACAAGGUUAAAUCAUGAACCAUUUUUAUUUUGAUUUUCUGGAACACAUUAGCUGCAACUUAGGUUGAGACUAUAAGUAAUGGUAACAGGACUGAGUGGAGUCCAAUUCGGUCUGUAAUCAUACGAGUGAUUAACAAAAUCGGACAACCGCGUAGAGAGAGUCCGAUUUCCUUAAUCACGAGUAUGAUUACAGACCGAAUUCGACGACACGAAGUUCUGUUACCAAUUAAUCAUAACUUUAACAAAAUUUUUGAAAAAACAGCUCUUUUUUUAAAUCAAAACACGAGAAAUUCCAAGGUUUUUUUGCUAGCAGUGAAUACUAUCUAAUUACUUAGGCAUGACGCGUACUGUCCUAUUAAACUGUCCUAUAAGGCUGAAAUCGGGACAGUUGAUAGCCAAUCAGAUUUGAUAAUUUUGUUAUAGUUAUGAUGACAUGUAGAAUAUGUACUCUCCAGCAAUAGUAAAUGAUGAUGAUGACCAUCAGCCUCGUCCUUAAGUGUUUUCACAAGACCAGUUAUCAGCACUGAAGCACACGUACCAACUCUGCGGAGCCCUGGGGACAAGAUUGUGUUGUAAUGAUAAAAUAAUGCAUAUACUGUAAAUCUGUGUAUACGCCACUUCCACAUUUCCCAUAAUGCACCAUAUUUGCCCCCCAAAUUUUGCUUAACCUUUGUUUUUCAUUUUUCCUGGGUAUUAUAGCCGUCCCAAAACAAAUUGAAAACAAUGCUUAUGCAAAAUUUUGGGGGGCAAAUAAGGUGCAUUAUGGGAAAUGUGGAAGUGGUAUACAUGGGGCGAAAUCAACUUUUUGGGAGGGAGUGGGAAGGAGGAGUUGGCGUUUUCUUAUUGAAACAGGUAAAAUUAUUUCUUUAUUGUCCUUAUAGUUUUGUUUCUUUUUCCUGUUUAUUGUAGAAACCAGGAAAGGUUCAUUACCAGAAAUGAUAGGAAGAAGAGGAAGCAGCCCUCAAUGGUCGCCAAGAAUGCAGCGAAAAAUGCAAGAGGAUGCAAGGAAAGGAAAGAAAAAAGAAGAAAAAAGAAAGACUCUGGCAGAACUGGCCUCAGAAGCUGGAUACACGGUAAAAGAGUGUGACUUCAUAGAGUAAUUUUGCGAGCGCGUGAAGUCUGGCAAGGUGAAUGUAAGCAAAAAAGCAAAAAAAGCUUUCGUACAUGUUUAAGUUGUAGUCAAUUUCAAAAAGAUUCAGGGACCAAAUAACCAGCUUAGAGUAACAUCCGUGGGUAUAGUUUGUUCUUUUUAAAACGUAGGCUCACUACUAUAGUACUAGUACUUGUACCUUACUAGUGAGGAAACGAAUUUCUGACAACAGAAAGUUCUAAAACUGAAAAAAAAAGGAAACGAAAAACUCAGAGGUGACACAUUACAUGCGCAUAAUAACUUGUUUUUGUUGAAUAAGACCAAGUUAAUCAAUUAAUCUAUCCGUUAUGACAACAUCUCAAGUAUGAAAUCAUUUUUAGACGAAUGUACAAGAGACACCUACAGCUGCUGAAACCAAAGCUGUCCAAAGGAUCGCUAAAGCUGAGGUAAACACAUGUUGCUUAUCACUCCCUUGUUUGCACUUUACUUGAAUGAUAUCGUAUACCGCCCGUCGCACCACUUAACAAUUAGUUCAUGCGUCAGCGUGCGUAUGUCGAGAUAUUGAGCACGCGGGAAGUUUGGAGAGCACGAAAGAGGCGUAAGAGUUGCACGAGGCGCAGCCGAGUGCAACUCUAGCCUCUUGAAAUUCAGCUGCAGCAUGAACUAAUUGUUUUAUAACAUCAUCAAAGCGAUCAAUGCAUCAGUUAACUUAUAAUUUUAUUAUUGUAGGGUGCGCUCAAAGCAGUACGCGUCAAUGUUUACGUGACUAUAUAUUUUUUUCCUCACAGUUAAUCUUAUGUUUUUAUCCUGAAACUGAGAGAAAGUGUACUCUAAAAUGAUUAUAAAAUCCAUAUUUAGGUGCCGGAAAACUAUUAAUUUACCGAAAAAUUGUUAUUGAGAGAAAACAAGUUUGCAAAGAAUGAGCUCACGCCAUAGCCCGCACAGCUCGCGGAGAUGACAACAACAACAACAACAACAACACUCACCUCUUUUCCUUACGAUCGGUUAACAAAUUCAAACGUUUCCUCUUAAAUUUCCUUAUAAAACACAUCGUAAACGCUUCCUUGUCUAUUGCUAAGUUAUGGAUGAACUCAGGAGACUCAGGAUUGCUAAGCUCACAACCACUCGAGGAAUUACGAAUAGUUUAUUGACGUCAUCAGCGUGCUCAAUAGGAAUAUGAAGCACGCUCGCGCUAUUGAAUUUGAUUAGGCGAAUUUUCUAGCUAUGUUAUAAAAUCCAUUUUAUUCAUGCAACAUUAAGCCAUUGACGCAGAGGGAACUGGACAGUCUGUGGGUUCAAAUCCUGUUCUAAGGCCCGUUUUUAGCGGGGCCUGGGAAAUUAGGGCCUGAAGACAAACUGGGCGGUGGCAAUAUUAGCGAUCCUUCUUGGACAUAUGUUAAGUAUAGCCGGCCCUCUUUGCCUCGAAUGCUUCCAGAAUGUGGAAUUCAAAGAAAAAUUUUUACUUUAGGCAUUGCAUUGAGGGCUAAUUAUAAAAAAUGCAAGACUAAAUUUUAAGAACUAAUUUUUACCAAAUUAAUGUUUGUGUGGGUCAGUACAUUUCCUUUCUUUAGUCAGUUUAAACCUCGAUCUUGAAUGCCAACACGGCAAACAUAACUGAAACAUGCCCUUCCACGGCCGAUCCCUGGCAAAUGUCGGCGCCACUGCGUGUCACUAGCUGGAAUUGUUCUUGGUAGACCCGAGUAUAACUCAGACGGCCGAUCUUUAUUUGCCUUAAGGGAAUUUACAAGGCCCGAAACUCGUGGUAUCUUUCUUCCCUUUUUAAAAAAUUCUAGUUGUACCCAGUAAGGAAAGCUCGUGUGAGAGAGAAGGCCUAAAUUGACUUCAAAAAUAUAGUUUUUCUUGCAGCUAAGCCACAAACGCUACAGUACCACUUUACAACAACGCCCUCGAGUUCCAGAUUUCCUAAUUCAGGGGUUGUUCAAUUUAGUUAUUGUUUCGUCGAAACGCUUUAAGUUUAUUGCAGUGGGUUACUAAUGCUUUCGCCUAUCCUUAGGGAAGCCCUGAGAGUUUAAUAAGUGACAUGGAGGAAGAAAAUUAUGGUAGUGGCAUUCCAGUCACAGGAGAACUCUUUGUGAGCAUGCGCUAUGAAAUGCGCUUUAGUAAGUUUGAGUUGCAUGUUCACAGCGCCAAUAAUCUGGCUUCUGCUGACUCCAAGAAAGGCUCUUCAGAUCCGUAAGUAUUUCCUAUAUAAUAAAGUGUUUACAGUGUAUGAUUUUCAAAAUGUGGAGACCUCCAUUUGAAUCAAUGGUGAACUUGUAAUGUGAUCAAUAUCAAGCAGUUAUUGAAUGAGCCCGUGUAGGAUGUGAAGAAUUAUGCAGAUCGAAGAGGAUGUUAUCGGCCGAGGUGGAUACCAUCCUCCUUCGAGAUCUGCAUAAUUUUUCACAUUAUAAGGAAGCCGAAUUUGAUAAUCAUAAAGUUUUAUUAUUGAUUCAAAGAUUUCUAAGCUCUUAACAAGCUUUCCUUCUCGAAGACUUUCUUCAAAACUUUGGCCUAUUUCUAGGCACGGUUUCAGGAUAUAAGUAUAAGUUUUCUCACGCUGAUACUCCUUAAAAUGUGGACAAAAUCAAUGGAGCGACAUGUUCUUCCGUUUAGAUUUUAGCAAGAAAUUCACGGGCUAUUUCGUUAUCAGAUAGCCGUGAACGCCAUUUUAGUUUUCAGUUCACUCAGGAAUAAACUGCUAGGCUGCCGCGCCUGGUAACGAGGUUGAUCGAUGGAGUAUCAUAGCGGGACAGAGCCCCAUACUCAUAGAAUAUUAAAUAGAAUAUGGUCAUCCUCUUUUCGUUUGGUUGUCACGUGAUUGACAGAGCGUACGUUCGUUACGUACGCACGCGUCUAGGGAUUGUACGGGUGGGAUAGGGGAGACUAUCAAAAGAGAGGGAGGGGUGUCUCAGGCUUGUCUUGGCAAGUCCACAUCUUGUAUAUUGGACAUUUGCAAAAUGGUCAAUUGACAGCUGUCAAAACCGGAUAGACAUUGACCAGUAUUACAUGACCAUAUCGCCGGCUCAUGUGUCAACUCAUCGAGGUGACGUGAUUUAUUUGGAAGCUGUCCGCUGACCAGUUAAUUGUUUUACUAGCUAGUUUGAGAGCACAGGAAAACUGAUAAUGCACACAUAUUGGACAUCAAUGUUGUGAUCAAUUGACAGCUGUCAAAACAGGGUAUCCGCUGACUAGUAUAACUUGACCAUAUCGCGGGCUUAGGUGUCGACCCAUCGAGCUCAAGUAUUUUUUGAAGUUAUCCGCUGACAAGUUAGUAGUUUUCAAAUGAUCACAGGCGCAAGUUUCUUUUUUUUUAAAUUCAUAUGAAAUAGGUUGUGUUUUUGUACCGCACAAUUAAAAUUUUGGUCGAUCGAUCGUCCUGAAUAUUGAAUGCGUGCAAUUUGUAUUGCAAAAUUCUGAAAUACCGCAUUCUGUCCGAGGUCUGUAUGAUAAAAACAGUGCGCCAUAGUACUGUCUCACCUCAGAUAUAAUGUAUAAAUGGUAUAAAAGGUUGGUUUACACGCACCCAGAUUUGUUGGCAAGAUUUUGUAAAGUAAACUUGUCGAACGCAAAAAAAAUUCCGCCUGAUUUUUUUUCCAGGCUUAAUUAAUUUACGGUGAUCAAGAGCCGUUAUGGCUCUUAAAUGUGAUCGAAGAUGAUUGCCAAUUUUUUGAUGUACAUAUGAGGCUAUCAACUCGAUGUAAGAUUUGGUUUACUCAUGGGCUCCCCCUUAUAUAACUGCCUGCAGUGAGUUUCCAAAGCAUUAAUCGUAUCUCCUUAGUCAAUUAGAAUGGGGGCCUAAUGUACACUUAAAUGCCCGGGUGUAAAGACUCUACCCUUCAGUACUGGAACACCGGCACCUUGUGCAAGUUCUGGGGUGGGUACUUAAAAGUUAGUGCCCAGAGUGUAGAGUGACCUAGGGGCCAUUUUUUUUUUAAUGUUAAGGAGCUUUUCUCCUGUACUCGGGCACCGCUGGUGCAAUUUCUGCAUUGAAUACUUAAACGUUAGUGCCCAGAUUCUAGUCGUGCCUGGGCAUCACAUGUAAACAUCGCCGCGUUUUAAAAGGUCUAGUGAGAGGAUGAGCCUUUUACCUCCCUCUGUCGUGUCUGUUGUAUUAUUAUUAUUAAUGAUUAUUAUAAAGGAGCUUUUAAACCACCUUAAAAUAAAAAUCGACGUAUUUUUCAGCCUGUUCCAGGCUCCAAGAUAGUGAGGAGAGCAGAUCGAGAAAAGCUGCUCGAAAACAUCGUGGGGGUUGGGGAGAGACGAGGUAGUGGAGCCUAUAAGCAUAAUUUUCAACACGUGAUUCCGGUAAACCAGCUCCUAGUAUACCCUGCGACUGGUCAAUUGUGACAGUAUACUUCCACGACAACCCUUGGCUUUGCGGGAAGAGUCUAACAAAUAUCUAGAGAAUGCAAACCCCUCCUACAUUGGACAGUUUGACACGAGAAUUGGUUUUUCAGGAAUCGAAUCGGGCGGUGUAAUGGGCGUUGUGAGGAAUUUGAAAAGAUGCUUUCAGGCUCUUCCCUUCUCUCUUCCUGCCCUUUUUUGCUCUUUCACUAUUUCGCUACUAGCUCACUCUUUUCGCUCGGCCACACUGCACGUGAUCGAGAGCACUGACCGAAAGCCUAGCACAGUCUAUGUAUUGUUUAACCGUAGAGAGAGAGGUAUAACACUCUGAGCUGAUUACCUGGAGCUGUAUCAGUCUGUUUCAGUCGGCUUCAUUUGAAAUGAUUUACUUAGGAUUGCUUUUAAAAAUCAGGAAUAUCGUUAUUCAAUUGAUAAAAAUGGUUUUUAAUCUAAUUGGAGAGAUUUCUUAACAGUUUCUCCUUCUUUCUUUUCUAGUUACGUGAAGACGUAUCUUUUGCCGGAUAAACGAAGUAAGCGCAAAACGAACGUUAAGAAAGAAACAUUAAAUCCCAACUUUGAUGAAAUACUGGAGGUAAAGUGAUUUUAACCUAAUGUGAUAUGUCUUAACGUCACCUGCGUCUUUAUUUAUCGUUUUCGGACUUGGUCAUCAGUAUCUACCACACUGUCAGUGUAUCAUGAUUGGCUCUGUUUCUGGUCGUACGACCAGUCACUUGAACCUACAAAGUUUUUUAUGGCCCCCUUUAUAUAACAUUUUUGACAGAAAAGUACCCCUUUAGUAUAUUGACAAAUGGUAACCCUUUCUCGAACCUGCAUCCAUUUAAGUUGCUCCAAAUACAAUGUCUUCUAAUUUUUUUCAAAAAAAAAAAAAAUCACAAAACCAGAACGUUUUGUUGAAUGUUUUUACAGCCAUUAAAUGCAUCUGGUAGCCCUAUUGGGCCUUCUUACAGACCGAAAUGAAAGAUUUCCUUACCUUUUCAUAUACUUCAACCAGGGAAAUCACUAUAGCCUUUCAUAUACCGCAAACGUUCAAAAGGUACCACUUUCGCGCGGAGCCUCCCUGUAUAAGCCAUGGUAGGGAGUACCCCCUGGGGUUCCGCUCUCGACGCUGUCGUAUCUCGUAUCGCGUACGCUUCUUUUUUUAGUGUCUCUUUAUUUACACUUAGAGAUUCUUUCUUCAACCGUUUCUCAGUGUUAGAAUAUUCCAACCGAUUGACGCCACGCCUCUACUUUCAUGUAGUAUUUUAUAGGCUAUGACGAGCUCCUCACGCGGACCUUAUCUCUUAGUGUCUGGCACAGUGCGCUGGGUCCAAACGAUUUCUUGGGUGAGGUAAAAAUUCCCAUGAGCGAUUUUGUGGAAGAACAUGGCAACUCCAUCCAGCAGUGGGUAGCAAGAUGGUUUACUCUGACUAAUAAAGUGAGUAUGCUCUUAUGAGCUCGGAGCUCUCUAGCGAGAGAGAGGUUAUCUAUGCAUCCAAGAAAUAUUGAUUGUCAGAAAAUCGUCCUUACGUCCGUCCGUCUCUCAUAUUGGCGGAUCUGAAAUUGGCUUACAAGGCAUGUUUAACCCAUUUUAUGAUCAAUUGACAAUUAGCUGUUUUUAUACUAAGGAAGCAUUAUCCGUCUGGACGAACUUGGGCAAACAUUUUGUAGUUCGCCUGGUUAUGCGUCUGAAGUACAAAGACUGGCACAAGACACAGUAUACGUCCAGACGAACUGCCUUUCGUAGUGCGUUUUUCAAGACGUAUUUCGAAGGAAACUGAGUUCGACUGAGUUCGUCCAGACGCAUAAUGCGUCUUGUACCCUUCUUUAUACUUGAGACGCAUAACAAGACGAAACUACAAAUGUUUGCCCAAAUUCGUCCAGACGGAUAAUGCGUCCUUGGUUUAAAACGGCCAUAGACGCUUAUCCAUCUGGACGGAUUAUGCGUCCUCUAGUAUAAAAAUGGCCAAUAUUAAGUAUUUACUGACAAGUGUCACAUGACUGUAUCGCAGCUCAGGUGCACAACUCACCGAGGUGACGUGUUUCUUUAAAGUUCUUCGUUGAACAGUUAUGGUAUUCAAGUGAUCAUGGCCUCAGAAAACUUUGCUUCAGAAAGGCAUUUCUUAAAAGGUCCCAUAUUAUAUUCCGUCAGAAAAUCUAAAACAGUACGGGAAACGCAUGACGUGUGACAAGGUUGAAAACAAAUCGAUGGUAGAUUACAUGGAUUUACAGAGUGUUUGUAUCAUAGAGCGGAGGCUGAAUGAAGAGGACAAAUAAGAUAAGUUGUAAAUUCAUCGAUAUUUCAAGGCCAGAAAGUAUGCAAAUGGCUACCGUGAAUUUUGAGGUUUUAUUGCCAUGUUGAUAUUUUACGAUUUUUCCUUAAAUUCUUUGAAAAAUACCGUCAAAUUCCGAAAAUAAGCCCCGGGGCUUAUAUUUUUCAAAGGCCCUUUUUGAGGGGCUUAUUUUUGGAGGGGCUUAUCUACGGAGGGAAAUUUGCGUUUCAAAAUUGACUGGGCUAGCCUUAUAAAUGGCAGGAAAUUUACCGUUUUUUCUUUGUUUAACUUUGUAUUUUAGGGCAAUUUCCGAGUAAAAGCCCCCCGGGAGGCUUAUAUUUGGAGGGGCGAUUUAACGGAGGGUUUUUUGCGUUACGAGUUUGGGGGUCUUAUAUUUGGAGGGGCUUAUUUUCGGAAUUUUAUGGUAGUCUAAAAACUAUAUGAAACACUUGAAACAGAUCCGAGUUUCAUCGAAUACCAAAACACGGCCAAGUAGAUUUACUUUACGUUUAUACUAUCAACUAGCACAUGAGACUGUCCUUCUCGCCUUUGGCAAAAGACCUUUUAAGGGUGAAAAUCAAAACCAAAACACAUAAAAGCUGAAGAGGUCAAUUAUAAUAACGUAAUCUUUACUUUUUCAAAUAGCGUGACGAAACAGAUGGUUUACCUUCAAAUCCAUGUGAAUUGGUCUUGGCUUUGAAGUACGUUACCCCUGAUAAAGUGAAAAACAAGAAGGGAAGACACAAAGGAGAAUUACACGUUCAUCUGCUGGAGGCCAGAAAUCUGCCAGGAAUGGACGCUGACGGGAUGUCAGAUCCGUACUGUAAAUGGUAGGCUCGCAGUAAAUUGGAUAUAACUGGAAGUACCGUAUUUACUCGAAUAAGCGCCACGGCGCUUAUUUAAUUAUUCGUGUCUCCGUUGCGGCGCUUAUUUAAAAGGCUCAUACCACGAAGACAAAACAUUUUGAUUGUACAAUUUAAGUUACCUAUUACGACACCAACGCAAUCGGCGUGUAUGUGACACAUGAAAGACCAGACGCUGAAAAUACUCUUGCUGGCCAUGUACCGAACUAUCGCGUUUGUUGACCUUCUUCUUACAGCAAACGCUGACAAUCUCCUCACUGUAACAGUUACAGAGAAGAGAAAGAGGGAGGCUGGGCUUGUCGUACCGGCGAAGUUUACAGCCUUCACGAAAGAACUGAAGAACGCGAAAACUGAAUGAAAGAGCGUCGAGAUAUAUUCACUUUGUACUGAAAAACGUCACUAUUGAUAAAAACAAAUUCCCAUUGCUGGCUUAGAACUGCAUUGCAGCAAUUACAGUGUAUUCUUAUCAUCUUAUGGAAAUACUUUAAUAAGCGCCGCACCGGAGCUGAGGGGCUUAGUUAUGACAGUAUUUUAUUCAGCCACUCUUGACCAUAAGAGUCGCUCCAGAAGCGAUUUUUUUUUUAAGUAUAGCGCCCUAAACCUAGUUUUCAUAACCCUUAGAAGACAGCUGACACCGACACCACUGGUUUCCCUGCGAAAUAACUUCUGAGGAACGACUGCAGACAUUCCGUACUGGUGACGCGUCACUACUCAGAUCUGGGUAAGAGUUCUGAUUGGUUGAAAAUUUUAUUUAUCCAAUCCGAAGCACAAUACAGAUCUAGUUGUGGCAUUCAUCAGUAUGGAAUUUUUGCGCUCGUUCCCCAGACGUCAUUUCAAGGGGAAACCAGUGAUGGCGUGGCGAAAUUUCGGCUGUUUUCUCAGGCUACACUAGAGGAGAUUUUUCCCGAUUCAUAAAUGUCAUCGGAUCUAUAACAUUCGGGGUCUUCGGAUUCGAAGGCACCGUUUUUACACACAUCACUUAAUCCCAGAACAUUCAUUUGAUUUAGAAGUAUUCACUUUAAAUUCAGGAUUGGAAAUGUCUGGACACGCGAACAAACCAAAAUUAAUUCAAAUAUUUCGACUGUUUUGAUACCUAAUGAAACGCCGGGAAUAAAACAGCAUCAGUUUUUCAUCAUCUGAGAUCAAACACUGGCAUCUUAAUGAGAUUGAGGAGAAGUGUAACGUCACGAAAUUGAAUAAUGAAAUUGGAUAAGAUCGAUGACGUUGGAACGGUGCGAGUUCACUUUUUGAGUGACGUUUUCGGUUUGAUAUCAUCCAGAAAUUUUGCUACCAUGGCAACGUGACUUAACGAUUUCUCCUUUCUACUCAUUAACACAACUCAUGGAAAUAAUGCAAUACCAGAGAAAACGAGUCAUAAUUUCUUAUUGUUUCACUUUAGAAGACAUGUCAGAAACUCGAAACAGAUGAAACCACUCGGGAUACGGCCGUGAUGAAGCAGUCUCCCUCGUUUUAAACAUAUAAAUUCCUGUACUCAGGAAUGUCUUCUCUCUUUGUAUUUCUCCCUAGUUAUUUAUUACCAGACAAGAAAGGAAAAACAAAGCACAAGACACCAAUCAUUAAACGAACCCUGAACCCCACUUUUGAUCACAAGUUUUCCUAUGAGGAAGUUUCUCAGGAUGAGCUGAAAGAGAGAGUCUUGGAAGUAACAAUUUACGAUUACGAUCGUGCUUCCAGCGAUGAAUUUAUCGGUGGUGUCCGAUUGGGCCUGGGCACGAGCUCCAACGAAUGGGAUGACUCCACCGAAGACGAAAGCCAAAUAUGGCAUACGAUGCUGAACAGGGCAAAUGUUUGGAUUCAAGUUGUAGUGCCCUUGAGGUCUAGUAUGGUCUCCAAGAAACAAGUUUAAUAUUGGCUUUCUUUUGGACAGUGUCGCGCGGAAGGCUUUACCUCCAGUAUCCGGAUAUUUUUGGAUUAUUUAGUAGUUCCCGGGAAUAGUCCAGUAUAGCGGCCGCUGAAUGGAAGCGCUGAAGGCUCAUUCAUACAGUGUUAACCUCCACCUAAGGUAAAUAUAUUCACAAAUUCUAGUGAGAAGAAGACCUGUGUACAACUGUGUCUAAUGUUUUGGAAUACAAAUUCAGGCACCUUCUCGCCGGUACUUGCGAAUGUUUUACUUUAGGUCGAGGCUAACUCUGUAUGAAUGAGUCUUCAGUGUCUCUGUUCAGUGGCCGCGACGAAUUCGAAACUGGACUAUUUAGAGGAAGUGGUAGAAACCUGAGGAUAAUUAACGUUUGUGAAAGCGUCUGUAGAUGAUCGAUUGUUGAUUUUUAGUCCACAGAGUUGUAUUUCUACGUUUACACAAGUCCCUAGUCCAUCUCCCUUUAUUCAUUAUCAAGAAAUUUUAAACAUUCCAGUUCAGUCAGGGCUCGACAUAUUUAGUAAACCUACUGUAAAAAAAGGAAUUCACAAAGAAAAUUGAGCUGUAUCAAUAAGUGAGAGAAAGACGUGUGCAGAUAAUUGCACUUUAGAAAAAAAGGAGAGUUGUUCGGUAUUUCAAUGAAAUAAACAAUGUGUAACAUUGAAAAGUCUUUAAAUUAUUGAUAAUGCCAUUUUUUCCCUUGGAUGCUGAAUUUUAUCGAAGUCGCAUAAAAGUAUACGAUAAUUUAAAGAGACAAAAGUUGCUGACUUGCAAAAAAACUUUGACCGCUGUGGUACAUUUGUAGAUGAAGCUGAU